AUGAAUGAGGAAAAUAAUUAUCAUUCGCAUCCAGAAAAACGAUUGAAAGUUCAGCUAGUGAGCAAUCCGCGAACUGCGAAUUUGUUACAGCAAUUCCAACUGAGCGUGACACCGGACUUACUCUCAAGCUCGCACUUUCCAGCUAUUUCCAGGGGUUCCAUCGUGGAAAAAUAUCCAUUUCCACAUUCUCGCGUGGAAGAACUGAUACUACCUGGUUCAUCAGGCGACGCUCGCAAGUCAAUCGAAGCAGCCGAAGGAGUAGUCCCACCUCUCUCUCAUCACAAAAGUCUUGUCGAUUUAAACGAGGAUCCGGAUAGAGAAAUUGAUACUGGAAGUUCCAGGAAUUUCAAAGACAGUCAUCCAGGGAAGGACGAUCAUCCUGCAAUAAUCUCCAUCCAACAACAAAAUGCUGAAUCAAAAAAAGAUCAUGUGUACUUUCGACAAAUCGAUCCCAAGCUCUCGGCCUGGCUGUACAGCGUCAAGCUUGGACUCACUGAGUCGCUAUACAAGGAAAUAACAGAGAAGAACGAAAAAGAUAUCUCAAGUUUCAUUAAAACUCUAGCUUUGAAGUUGAAUCCACCAGUGAAUGAAAAUCGGAGAGCAAAGAUUUUUAUUGAGGAAUUGACGAGUCACAAAUCAAGCAAUAAUCUGAAAGAAUUCGCCCACCUUCUCUGGUGUAUCAACUCAGCAUUCAUCAUGAGAUUUGAACCAACAGAGAAUCAUUAUUUUGAAGAACAACUUUCAGUUCAUGGCUGGAUUCUAAAUCUUUUUGAGGAGACUAGACCAUCUCAAAGUGCCUCGAUGGAAAAUCAAAAUACCGAAGCAAGCCUUACAAACCUCCUGAGGAAAGCCCUUGCUUCAAGGUAUUCAUUCCCAAGCUACUUGAUCUAUAAAAAUCUUGAUCUUGUCCUACCCACUGGUGUAGUUUGUGAAAGUCAGAUACGGAUGGCAGAAGCUGUGAUAAAUGUCCUGGCAUCUUAUUACAAGUCAAAAAAUUCGAUCAAGUGGACAUCCCUGUUCAACCGAGACGAGGAUUUUUUGAAUGCUCUCAAAAGAAGCAGAAGUUGGAAUCCGCGUCCUUCUCAAUAUGCGCUAAAUUGGAUAGACACAGAAGGAAAAGGAAUAGCUACUUUAAUCCCAUGGGAGAAUGAUAAUCUCGGCGGGUCGAUGUUGGCCAGGUAUAAGUUCCUUGACCCACGAGGCGAUUUCCAACUCAAAAAUAGGGUUCAAGAAAUAGAAGGAUCACUUGAACCUCACAAAACCUUGAUGACUAAUUUCAAACCUGUAGGGAAAUGGAUGUCCCAAGAAAAACCUGAGAAGUCGUGGGCACUGAUCUUGGCGAUUGGAAAUUUCUACCAUAACUUCAUUGAAGAAAAAUUUGGUCCCCCAGAUUGUGGAGAUAUGAUCAAAGAACUGGAGGCUUGGAGGUUCAAAAACAAGGACAACAACCUCAAUCUCGAGAAUUCUCAUGAUGAAUCGUUGCAAAAAAAAUUCCGCUCAAAUGUGCAAAAUUUAUUUGAAUUAAUAUGGAAAAUCAAUUCAAGGUUUCUUGAGAAUCUUGGUUGUGAAAUUAAUGAAGAAACCUUUUUGGAUGAACAGCAUGAACUGCAAAUCGAAUUUUUCCGAUUGCUGACUUUAUCGGUAGACCCUGAAUCAAGCAAACUUUAUUCACCAUCCCCCAAGAUAGAAAACGGGGUUGAAAUACAGCAAGAGCUCAUCAAAGCCCUGGAUUUUGAGGGCGAAAGAAUUGUUUACAAGAUUGAGAGGCGUGCACAUGAUGUAUCAGAAAAGCAAAUUGUGAUUACCAAAGCAGCAGUGGAAACAACCAAAUUCACACCAUUAAAAGAGAAUUUCAAUAUCAACCGUCUCAAAACAUAUUUAACAAAUUAA